GGUCAAGCGUACUUGGAUGACCUACACUGCUACAAUGGCGGCACGGGUAAUAAUAAUUGUAAGCCCUUCUCCAAAACUCAAAGAUACCGCAGAAACUCGUUCACGAGCCUCGAGUCCGCCAGAGACGACCACGAUAACAACCUCAACAACGAAGACCAUGAACUAAUGGAACCGACUUCGGAAUCCGACAUGACGGAGCUUUUCCACGGAUUCCUCGCAAUCGGCACGCUCGGCUCCCACGAAUUCGCCGCCACCGACAACGACGUACAAGACGAAGAAGACAACGACUACUACCCGUCGACACCAAGGUUCACCAUGGACCACAUAGCCGAGAAGCAGACGCAAGAGGCGAUCACCGAGAACGAGCUCAAGCUGAUCAACGACGAGCUCGAGAAGGUUCUGAAUAUCGGGGACGACGACGACAUCGCUUCUUCCGGAAGGAACAGCCACGUCAGCAGCAGCGCCGGAAGGUUCAGCCACGUCAGCUCCAUUACCCUCAGUGGGAACAACAAUCGGAUCUCCGAUGUAUGCCCGCUCCAGAGCUACCUGCUGGGAACGGCGGCGGCCGCCACCACGACUGAAACUGCGGCGGCGAAGAAAGAACAAAGGACUUCUCUUGGGGAGCUGUUUCAGAAGACAAAACAAGCUGAGGAAAUGAACUCGGGGGUAAAAUCGGAAAGGGAUAAAUCCGCCGUGCGCUUGGUGAAGAAGAUGCUCAAGAAGAAGAUUGUUCAUGCUAUUGAUUCUGAGACCAAACUCACCAAGAUUCUGCAAAUAUUCAACAGGAAAGUGCAUCCAGAGAACUACACGGCAGAGGAAUCAGCUUGUAAUAAAAAGGAGAAGAAGAAUAUUAAUGAUGAUGAGAUGAUGAAGAACAGUGAGUCAGUACCACUGGUGGGUUGUAAUAAUAACUACAGUGGAGGCACAAUACGACGUAGUUCCUCUGCUGAAGAUAUCAUAAUAUACCCUGAUCAACAUCCCAUCAUCAACAAAAACGCCAACGAGUUCUGGGUCAACACCGAUUCCGACUAUUUGGUGUUGGAGCUGUAAUAAUUGAAGAACAAAGUUGUGUGGUGGGGUUUCUACUUAAUUAUUACAGCAAUUAUUAUUAUUACAAGAUAUAUUUGGGAAUGUACUCUAAGAUUCCUCACGUGUGGGUUUUCAUAUUAAUUAAAUUAAAGUUGUUAAUUAUUGUGCAAGAAAGAUAAUAAAGGAGACAUCCUCUUGUAGUGUGCCUCCAAUUAUGUAUUGUAUUUUUGUGUUUGUGAAUUAGCAAUGUGAAAUUUAAGUAUUGUUAUUAUCAAGAUUGUAAAAGGUGGGAAUUCGGUCCGAGGCGGUUAGGCACCGAAGAUCAGAAAUAAAUCGGUUUUUUAAAUU